UGUGCGCGGGUGUGCGCGGGGGGGGGCAGCGGCUGCCGCUGCUGCCGGCGGUGCCCGCUGCCGCUGGUGCGCGGCGCGGUGGCCGGAGCGGGGCGCGGAGCGGCGGCGCGGGCGGCCGCGGGUGCCGACCAUGGGCUGGCGGCUGCUGCCCGCCGUCCUGCUGGCCCUGGCGCUGGGCGGCCCCGCGGCGCGGGCGCAGAACGACACGGAGCCCAUCGUCCUGGAGGGCAAGUGCCUGGUGGUCUGCGACUCCAACCCGGCCACCGACGCCAAGGGUUCGUCCUCCUCCCCGCUGGGCAUCUCCGUGCGGGCGGCCAACUCCAAGGUCGCCUUCUCGGCCGUGAGGAGCACCAACCACGAGCCCUCCGAGAUGAGCAACAAGACGCGCAUCAUCUACUUCGACCAGAUCCUAGUAAAUGUGGGCAAUUUUUUCACGUUGGAGUCUGUCUUUGUAGCACCAAGAAAAGGAAUUUACAGUUUCAGUUUUCACGUAAUUAAAGUCUAUCAGAGUCAAACAAUUCAGGUUAAUUUGAUGCUAAAUGGAAAGCCAGUCAUUUCUGCUUUUGCCGGGGACAAGGACGUCACACGUGAAGCUGCCACUAAUGGAGUCCUGCUCUACCUAGACAAGGAGGAUAAGGUUUACCUGAAAUUGGAGAAAGGUGUGGACUCAUCAUUGCCUCUGUUACAUGAAGAUCAUUUUAUCAUCAUGGGAUUGAUGUUUCUUUAUUGGUUUUUCAUGGGUGAAUAUGGAUUCUCUUUAUGGAUUUUGGCCCCAUCUGAACUACUCAGAAGUUUCACAGAAUUUUGUGUGUUUAAAUACAAUAUAUUUGGAUUGAGACUAAAGCAGACAAUAAAUAUCUAUGCUUAAUGUUACAGUCUAAAGCUGCCUGCAAGAUUUAUUCAGAGUUCAUUUACUGGACUUAUUGGAUUCAUGGGAGAAGUGGAUUUUCUUUAAUUAUGAAAAGACUGGCAACCAGGUCUAUAAUUUAGGAGAGUUUGAGCUCAGACUUCAAUCAAGAGUUAGUGUGUUGCUGCCAAAGAACCGUAUAUUGAUAUAUUGGUCAUACAUGUUUUUGUCACUGGGACUUAACUGACAUGAUCUAUUCCAUUGUCUUGAGAAAGGUAAUUAUUAUUGAUAAGUGGUUGACUUCAAUUCUCCUCUGCGUGUAGUGUGUUGGAUGAUUCACCCAUAUAUUUAUGCUCUGUCACCGGUCACAAUCAAGUCUAGCUUACAUAAAGCUAAGAGGUUAUGCUUGUAUUUUAGUUGGGUAUGUAAAGUAUUCCUCUUUUCCAUGUGCUGUUUUCUAAAAAGAAGAGCAGAUUAUAACCAUUAAGAAAAAUAUUCUUACCAGGGUUAAAGGUGAUCAUUCAGGCACAACUUUGCAAAACAGCUUUGCCCUGCAGGAAAUCUCACACUUGUUCUUCAGUUUUAAUUAACAUGAUUGAUAAUAACUGCUUUAUUAAAAACCUAAGGGAUUCCUUCCUUAGACACAACCACUUUAUUAGCUGGAGAUGAGAUCCCCUUGUUUGUAAUUAUGUCUAUUUUUCAAACCUUCUGUUGUGUUAAAGGUAUCAUCUGGUUUUGCCUUAACUCCACAACUGUAUAUAAUUUUAGAUCAUAUGUUUAACAAAUAUUAAAUCCAAAUAGCCGGUACCUAACUUGGUGCAAUAUCUUUUCGGCUUUUUGUACAGGUCAUAUGAAUUCAUAAACUUAUUUAUUAUAUCAUUGUUACAUAAUAAAGAUUAAUAUAUGUUAGCUGAA